CCCGAUAGUAUGUUUCGUUUCACGAGGAAUUAACUACCAAUUUGAUGAAAUUAUAGUGUUUUCAUGCAGUAAUAACUGGUUCAAUAAUUCGUUUGCUAAACUUGUUAACAACCUGUAAUUAGGGUGAUUUUUACUUUUUUAAGUUUGGCACAAAAGUGGCCAUUUCAAAGAAUUGCAACGCCGUCUGCUAGUUUGAGUGCACACACACACGAGAAAGUUUUUAGCGAUGUGUUUUUCUUUUCGUCUGGUGAAUGUAAUAACUUUUGAAUUUUUGAUGUUUGAAUAUCGUUCUGAAGCGAUCAAUAACAUGCAGCCUGAAAGAGUGAAUGCUGAAUAAGUGAUCUCUUCAUGGGAUUCUACUUUCUGUUGAAAGCCUGUUGACAGAAAACGUUCGCCGACCCGAUCUGACUGCCGACUGCCAUGCCGUUUUUCAAUGGCCGAUCGAACAAGAGCCGGUGGCAUCGGGACGAUCGUCGCUGGAGAGCCGGCGCCCGUUUUUCUAGAGCCUGUUAACAAUGUCACGGUCGUGAUUGGACGGGACAUCAGCCUCACCUGCGCCGUGGACCAUUUAGGACCUAAUAAGGUGGCAUGGAUCCAUUUGGAUCGUCACAUGAUUGUUGCCAUUCAUCAACAUCUUGUCACCCGCAUUCCUCGCUACAGCGCCACUCACGACGCUCAUAGAAACACUUGGACGCUCAAUCUCCGCGGUGCUCAACCGGAGGAUGCGGGGAGAUACCUGUGCCAAGUCAACUCGAACCCGAUGAUAACGCAAGUUGGCAUCGUCGACGUCGUCGUUCCACCAGCCAUUGUGGAUGCCGGCAGCUCGGCUUCACACAUAACAGUCCGUGAAGGAUUGAGUUUGACGCUCACUUGCCGCGGUGACGGCGUUCCAGCGCCGAAAGUGACUUGGCGUCGUGAAGACGGACGUCCAAUCUUCUUUGGCGACAAGAAGAAAGAAGCUUCGAUUGAAGGCGAUAGUUUGACUCUGAACAAGAUUGGACGGACGGAAUCGGGAGCUUAUUUGUGCAUCGCAUCGAACGGCGUCCCACCGUCGGUUUCCAAAAGAAUCUGGGUCGAUGUCGAAUUUCCGCCAAUGGUUUGGGUUCCAGCUCAAAUUGUCGGACUGCCGCUAGGAGGGUCCGUCACAUUCGAUUGUUUCACGGAAGCCCAGCCCAAGGCAAUCACUUACUGGACUCGCAUGACGGGCGGUCCGUCCGACUCUGACGUUGUUUUGUUGCCAAGCCGAAGGAUUCACGCCGAUUCGACCAGCAGCGGCUAUCGCACUCAUAUGAAUUUGACCAUUCAAUCGUUUGAAGUCAAAGAUAUUGGCACCUACCGAUGCGUGGCCAAAAAUUCACUCGGCGAAGCGGAAGGAUCGGUCCAGUUAAUGGAAACGGAACCGGAACAUUCAAAUAACGAGAUGAUUGUAGAUGUAGAAUUUGCCAAAGAUGUUCAAUCACCACCGACUACCCCACAGAAAACGACAAUAAUUCCCCGAUCGACUGUCAAGCCCAGCACCAGCACAUGGCAACAAGGAAACCGUGUCCAAUUCAUCAGCAACAACUCGCAUUCGACCGGCCGUCAAUCGACGACCCGCAACUCAGGUCUAUCUCUGUUGCCGCGCUGGCCCGAUGUUAUGAUUCUCUUGGCCGUCACCAAGUUGUUACUGUUAUGAAUUGAAACGUCAUUAUGAAGAAACGUUCAGUUAUUUGAUGUCCUCAGUCUUCAAGAUUUAUAUUUAAAAAAGACUCAAGUUAACUUGAGACUUUUCAGCCCCGUGCUCACCGACGACAUUUUGGACAAAAGACGAGAAAUCCCGUAUACUUCUUAACUCCAUUAUUUGUCUUCUUGAUAUAUUAUCAUCCGAUUGUUUGUUUGUAAAUAUCAACGACCUUUUACCGGAAAAUUCUGUAUACAUGCCAGUGAGAGAGA